AUGGCACCCGAAUACGCAGUUAAUGUAGACAGUGAGCCUUUACACCAGCCUCAAACUGCAUACUCGGCCUCAAACACCAAACCCAUCGACGAGUCUACAACCGAAACUACAAGCCUCACCUCCAACAGAGCCAAGCCAAAGAAAUCCAAGGUAGCCACCAGCGAGUACAGUUGGACGCUGGAGAUAUGGGCACUCGUUCUCAGCAUUGCGGCUCUAGUCACGGCUACUGCCCUUCUAUCAGCGUACGAUGGGAAGCCACUGUCACAAUGGGCGUUCUUCUUCACUUUUAACACAAUAAUCUCCAUCUUAGGCACGGUGUCUAGAGUCAGUCUAGCAUUCGCUGUUGGCGCCUGCUUGAGUCAAGGAAAAUGGAACUUGUUCAGGCGCAAGGACGAUUACAUGAUCAGUUAUGAUCGGUUCGAGGAAGCAGGACGCGGCCCCUUGGGAAGCGCCCGGCUUCUGUGGCGCAUCAAACACAGGCACUGGGUGUCCCUUGGUGCCCUGGCAACCGUCGUCCUGCUCGGAUUUGAACCGUUUCUCCAGGCUGUUGUCGAAUUCUACGAGAAGGAAGUCGACUCAUCAGAGGUGGACGCCGUCGCAUCCAUCGGCACGACAAAGAGACUCGACGUCGGCAAGGCAGGAUUCAGCGGCGACACACCUCUCCAGUCCAUCCAAAUGCCGGAGCCAUAUACUCCUGUAUCCGUGGAACCAAUGUUUCUCGAAUACGACUUUGGCUCGCUCUCCGCCAUCUGGACGGGGUUCAACAAUCUCAGCACCCCCAGCAGUCAGCAGCCCUCCUUCACCUGCGCCACGGGAAACUGCACCUGGGCCCCGUAUGCCUCGUUGGCGGUGUGCAGCGCUUGUAACGACAUUUCCAGCCACUUGGUGAAGUCCACGGGCAUCGCUGACGCUUCGGACAAGGCUCUCACGGUGCCCUGGUCGAUGCAGAAUGCGAGACUGAACACGAGCGAUAAGUUUGCUUACACCAAGUUUGAACUGCCGGCAAUGAACUUGAACAUAUCCAACUUCGAUGACGGUAGCGGGCAGCAGGUCGAGCUCACGGCGCAGACCACGACGCAACCUGGGGACACGCUCUCCUUCCAGAACACGAAGGCUCUAAUCGUCUCCUUCGCCAUGAUGAAAGCGAGGGUGAACGCUGCAGGAAGAAAGGAUGUAGCCCCUGGAGCCAGGGCUCUCGAGUGUGCCUUGUCGUUCUGCACAAAUGUCUACCGCUCGACCGUCACAAAGGGCAUCCUGAAGGAAGAGGUACUCGGCUCAUACUCGAUUCGCAACCUCGACUCUUUCUCUUACGCCUUAUCUUCGUCACCUAAAACUGCGGAAAAGAUUAGGGUGUACAACAAAAUGUCGAAUUACACCCUCGACUUCCACUCGGUGGGUGACAUGCGGCGAACGGAUCUACAGCUCACCCUACCGCCCGGCGACGAUGUCGUCGCGUCGAUGGGCCAGGAAGACGAGCUAUGGUUCAAUAUAUCCCAAGCCACCGCGGCGACAGUGUCUAGUGCCUUUGUGGAGAAGUUUGCAAGACGCUCCGGUUCGGUGGCGUUGAAGCAGCUCGUCUAUCCGACCUUUGAACUGCUCGAGCCUGAACAGCCUGCUGUGAUCUCGACCCUUGGCACAUCGCAGAACCUGUCGUCCACGUUCGAAAUCGCUGCUCUCGGGAUGACCAAGUGGAUGCGAGACGUCUCGCUCCAGACCGCGCCUCACCGCGGGACGACCAGAGAGUCGGUGGUUCACAUACGUGUUCGAUGGGCAUUUAUAUCGCUCCCUUUCGGCGCGCUCCUCGGUGGAUGCCUGUUUUGCUUGUUCUCGGUGGUUGAGACUAGGAGGCUACGACUCCCGGCCUGGAAAGGUAGCUCGCUGGCGGGGUUGACGCAUGGGCUGGAUGCUGAAGCUAGGGAGCAGCUCAGAGGGGCGGAAAACAUUUCAGAGCAUGCUAAGCGUAUCAAGAUCAGAAUGAUUGAUUCCGUGUCGGGGCCGGAGCUAGCCUUAUGCGACAGUGCGGAUUCAGUAGAUGAGGCUGAUGGAGACGAACAUCGAGGAACGGGUCGUUCUCAUAGUCAACAAUGUGGCACAAAUGAUAGGUAG